CAGCGCUUGACUUCGAUAAAAUCUCCAUCUGUUUUCUGGUGCACUGACAGGUGUUUAUAAGCACGGUGACUUCCAGAGACACGCUCAUCUUGACUGUUCCAGCAGAGCCAAGAGCAGAACAAGCCCAACAGGAUGAAGUCUCUCGCCGCUGUUCUCGUGUGCGUCGCCCUGUGCUGGGAAGGGCUCAACGCUAAGUGCCCAGAACCAACCGCCCUGAAGGACGCAAACGGUGGCAAGCUCUGUGCCCGCCUCUUCACGGACAGCCACUACGUCUUCGCCCAGAGCUGUGGAGGCGCGUCCCUGGACGUCUUCCCCGGCGACGACAUGCCCACCAUCGACCGGAAAUGGAACAACCGCGUGUCUUCGCUGGUCGUGGCCCGCAGCUGCUCCCUUACCGUCUGGGACUACGCCAAGAAGGGCGGAACGAAGCGCAAGUUCUCCACCGGCAUCCAGUACCAACUGAAGGACGUGCCCAAGGGGCUUUUUGGCAACUGGAACGACGACAUCUCGGCAUACUACUGCACCUGCUAGAGGCUAGGUAGGCCUGGCUGACAGAACUCACAGGAGAGAGACUGGUGGUUGAAUUGGUUGGAGAGAAAAAUAAUGGAACGGAAUAACGGAAGAAUGGAGGCACUGGAAUUUCACCCCAGUCACAAGAAUGUGUUGAAAAAUAAAAGUUUUCUUGUGAGAAUCUUAUAAAA